AUGGCAUCCCUCAAUCUGUCCACCAACGGCCCCUCGAUAUCGAAGAGCUACCAAACAGUAGUCAACGCCCCUCCCCCUUCUGCAAGAGGACAGUCCCCAACCGCGGCUCAAUGGGCCGUGUUCUCAGUUUCGACCCCGCUCGUCAGUGCGUUCCAGCAGGAUGCAGGCAAGGAGAGCGUCCUCAAGGUGCAGAGCUCAGGAGAGGGGGAAUUGGCCGAUCUGAUUGAAGAAUUCUCCGAGGGACGGGUGCAAUUCGCAUAUGUGAAGGUAACGGACCCCAACACCGGGCUCCCCAAGAACGUGCUCAUCGGGUGGUGCGGAGAGGGGGUGCCCGAACGGACCAAGGGGUACUUCACCAGCCAUCUCGCGACCGUGUCCAAGUUCCUUCACGGAUAUCAUGUGCAAGUAACCGCCCGAGCAGACGGGGACCUGACACCCGAGGGAAUUAUCCAGCGAGUGGCCGAUUCCUCCGGAUCGAAGUAUUCCGCCGGCGAGGCAUCGGCGCCCGCGCCCGUCCCCCGGCCCGCAGUGGCUAGUAAACCAGCUUUCACGCCCACUCGAUCAGGUGGCAUCCUACCCAACCCCGGAGCUCGCGCGCAGCCCGCCCCCAGAGCGAAUGUGGAUAGGGACGGAUGGGGAGAAGACGCCCCUCCAGUGACUCGAACCCAACUAGAAAAGGUCCAAUCCGCCUACCAACCAACCAAGGUGAACUUGCAAGAACUGAAAUCGAACCCUACCGCGACUCGGCAGUCCACUGGUCCCUCGAGUGAUGCGGCGGAUGUGGUUCGUGGAGGAUACCAGCCCGUGGGGAAAGUCGACAUUGCUGCGAUUCGGAGGCAGGCCGCCGAAUCUGGUCAGCUAAAGGAUGAGCGACCCACAACGGUUAAAGGAUCGUAUGAACCGGUGGGCAAGGUAGACAUCGCAGCGAUCCGCGCCAGAGCGCAGAAGCCGGAAGGGACCAGUGGGAACGUUUCCACCCCGACGGUGGACGAGCCUGCGACCCAGUUGCCAGAACGACCGGCGCCUUCGGUGGCCUCGGGGCGUUUGACCGAUCUCCCCAAGCCCAAGGUUGCCAACAAAUUCGGCAGGGGGCCCUCCUUCCCGGGCACGAAGCCUCCUCUGCCAGGGCUAGACUCGAAACCCUCUGCAAGUGCGCAGAUUGGCGCCGCAAGCCGAACUUUCGCAGAUGAGGGAGGAAAGACCCCUGCUCAGAUCUGGGCCGAACGCAAGGCUAAAGAGCGCGGAACGGCGCCUUCGGGCGCUACCCCGGCCCCGAUCCAGAGCCAGCCCAGUGGCCAAGGGGAAUGGAAGAGCUCUUAUGCAGGAAAGUCUUGGGCCACUGUCCAGACUGCGCACGAAAGAUCACAGUUACCCGAGCCGGUGGUAGAUGCUCGGGCCUCUGAUGUCACCGAGGAGCAACCGCAGCCUCAGGCGAGGGAAGCUCCAGAGCAAUCCACCCAGGACACUCCCGCUCCUCCCGCUCCUCCCAUUCCCCAGGCUAGUCGCCCGGUGCCCGUUCCUGGUCUCUCCUCGGCUCCUGAGCCUGAGCCCGAACAUGACGCCCAACAGGUGCUCCCCCCGCCACCCCAACAGCCGCGCUCCCCUACGCCGCCUAGCCCCCCUGCGCGGGACAGCUCGCCUAUCCGGAUUGCCAUGCCUGUGGCCCAAAGUACCCCGGAAGCAAGCGAAGUGGCGGACGCCCACGAGGAACAACACUCCCCCCCUCCGGCUAUGCCUGUUCGGAGUCUGCAGGAGACUGUUCCCGACGAGCGGGAUCUGGAGGAUGAUUCUCACGAUCUAGGCCGUGCCGCGGCCGAAGCCACUGCUCCGGAGCCUGAGCCAACCCAAGGUGGACCCCGAGCUCAGAUCCAGUACGACUACGAGAAGGCCGAGGAUAACGAAAUUGAGCUUCGCGAAGGUGAAUACGUGACCGAAAUUGAAAUGGUCGAUGAGGAUUGGUGGGUGGGUGUCAAUUCGCGGGGCGAGCGUGGUCUCUUCCCCGCCAACUAUGUGGAGGUCGUCGAUGAUGAGGCCGCGCAUGCGCCGGCCCCCGUUCACGAUGAGCCCGAGCCCGAGCCUAUCCCUACACCUGCCCCUGCCCCUGCUGCUGUUCCUCCACCCCCGGCCCCUGCCGCUGCCGCUGCGCCUGCCGCCGCCGUUCCAGCUUCCAAGGGUCGCACUGCCACGGCAUUGUAUGACUACGAAGCUGCCGAAGACAACGAGAUUGGCUUUCCUGAAAACGCCAAAAUUUCCAACGUGGAAUUCCCCGAUGAUGAUUGGUGGCUGGGUGAGUACAAUGGUCGCCAGGGACUCUUCCCUGCCAACUAUGUGCAACUGGACCAAUGA